CCGAAAUUCCGUCGGCGAUUCUCUGAUGUUUUCCUCCGCCGCCGAUGACUGUGACGCCUCACCAUUGCAUCUCCAUCCUCAGCAAAUGCAAGAAUCUCAGAACCCUUACCCAAAUCCAUGCAUCUCUCAUCAAAUCCGGCGCCGACACCGAUCCAUUCUUCGCGGGAAAACUGCUCCUCCACGGUGCUGUCGCCAUCUCCGACGGUCUACGUUACGCCCAUCGCCUCUUCCUCAGCUUCCCUGACCCAGAUGUCUUCAUGUUCAACACUCUCGUUCGUGGGUUCUCCGAAUCCGAUUCGCCGCGUAACUCGAUCUUGACGUAUAUCGAAAUGAGGAAGAGAGCUCUCGCUCCUCCCGAUAGCUUCUCUUUCGCGUUUGUGAUCAAAGCGGCGGCGAAUUUGCGGUGUUUGAAAAUUGGAUUUCAGACGCAUUGUCAAGCUUUGACGCAUGGGCUCGAUACCCAUUUGUUCGUUGCGGUUACAUUGAUCAGUAUGUACGGUGAAUGUGGUAGUGUGGAGUUUGCUCGUAAGGUGUUCGGUGAAUUGCCUCAACCGAAUGUGGUUGCCUGGAACGCUGUGGUCACGGCUUGUUUCAGGGGAGUUGAUGUUGUAGGAGCGAGAAGAAUCUUCGAAGCAAUGCCGGUGAAGAAUCUCACGUCGUGGAAUGUGAUGCUUGCGGGGUAUACCAAGGCUGGGGAGCUUGAGUCUGCGAAACGAGUUUUCAGGGAAAUGCUGGUGAAAGAUGAUGUUUCUUGGAGCACCAUGAUUGUUGGGUUUGCUCAUAAUGGGAGAUUCGAUGAGGCUUUUAUGUGUUUCAGAGAGUUGCAGCGGUUGGAGAUGAAACCAAACGAGGUGAGCCUGACUGGUGUCCUCUCUGCUUGUUCACAAGCUGGUGCAUUUGCUUUUGGGAAAGCAAUACAUGGGUUUAUUGUAAAAUCUGGAUUUAGUUGGAUUGUCUCGGUGAAUAAUGCACUUAUUGACGUGUAUUCAAAGUGCGGGAAUGUCGCGAUGGCUAGGCUAGUCUUUGAUAGUAUGCGCGAGAAGACGAGUAUAGUUUCUUGGGCAUCGAUGAUAGCAGGGCUUGCUAUGUACGGUCACGGGAAAGAAGCUAUUGAACUCUUCGAUGACAUGAUUGAGUUCGGAGUCAGACCCGAUGGGAUAUCUUUCAUAUCGCUUUUGUAUGCCUGCAGUCACGCUGGACUGAUCGAAGAAGGUGAAGAAUGGUUCAGGAAGAUGACGACUGUUUACGAUAUAGAACCGGCGAUUGAGCACUAUGGUUGCAUGGUUGAUCUAUACGGCCGAGCUGGAAAACUUCAAAAGGCAUACGACUUCAUAUGUCGAAUGCCAACUCCACAAAACGCAAUCAUUUGGCGGACUCUUCUUGGGGCUUGCAGCAUUCAUGGGAACAUCGAAUUGGCUGAGAAAGUUAAACAAAGGCUUUCCGAGCUCGACCCGAAUAAUUCCGGGGACCAUGUUCUGUUGUCAAAUGUUUAUGCCGUCGCUGGCAAAUGGAAAGACGUGGCUGCAAUCAGAAGAUCAAUGGCAGAACAGAAGAUGAAGAAGAGUCCUGGUUGGAGCUUGGUUGAAGUCGACAAAACCAUGUACAGCUUUGUAGCCGGCGAAAAGCGGAACGAAAUCAGGGUCGAGGCUUACGAGAAGCUAAACGAGAUAAUCCCGAGGCUUAGGAUCGAAGCUGGGUAUGUUCCAGAAGGCGCGAAUGCCUUGCACGAUAUACAAGAGGAAGAGAAGGAGGAUCAGGUGACGAAACACAGCGAGAAGCUUGCACUCGCGUUUGGGAUGGCGAGGUUGCCGAAAGAAACAACAAUCCGGAUCGUGAAAAAUCUUAGGAUUUGCAGAGAUUGUCACACUGUAAUGAAGCUGACAUCGAAGGUUUAUGGAGUGGAGAUCGUCGUCAGAGACAGAAGUCGGUUCCAUUCAUUCAAGAACGGUUCUUGCACGUGCCGAGAUUACUGGUAAGAAAAAGGGUUCAAUUUAUGAACACAAAGCCCUACUUCGAUCUUCAAAGGGUCGGUCUUCUCUUUGGCCUGAUGGUUCCCAUUCCCAUAAAUAAAUUUUUAAAUCUUCGGCGACC